UUAAUCAUUUCACGGUUCUUUCAGAGGCUUUUUUCCACCUAAAACGUUUAGUUUCAGCUCAGUGAUCAGCCGCAAAAGCUCGACAGGGAGCGGAAGAGUUGAAUUAUUUCAACCUGCAACUAGCACAAAGCUGUUUACCAAAAAAAAAAAAAAAAAAAAAAAAAAAAAAAAAACCUGGAAACUUUUUCCCCUCUAUCCUUUACUGCUAGUGCUGAAUAUCAGAAUGGAGUUAGAGAAAAACAACCCAACACACAGGACUGGCAGAUCAGGACACGGUGGAGUGAACCAGCUGGGAGGCGUGUUUGUGAAUGGCCGGCCGCUCCCAGACGUGGUGCGCCAGCGGAUUGUAGAACUGGCCCACCAAGGCGUGAGGCCGUGCGACAUCUCCCGACAGCUACGGGUCAGCCACGGUUGCGUCAGCAAAAUCCUCGGCAGGUAUUAUGAGACAGGCAGCAUUAAGCCAGGAGUCAUUGGAGGCUCCAAACCAAAGGUCGCUACACCAAAAGUUGUUGACAAAAUCGCAGAGUACAAACGCCAAAACCCUACCAUGUUUGCCUGGGAGAUCAGAGACCGACUGCUGGCUGAAAGAGUAUGUGACAACGACACAGUGCCCAGCGUCAGCUCCAUUAAUAGGAUUAUAAGGACAAAGGUACAGCAGCCCCCAAACCAGCAAGUCUCUGCUUCCACCCAUAAUAUAGCCUCCACAGUGUCGGUGACUCAGGUGUCAUCGCUUACCAGUGACUCUGCCGGCUCCUCCUACUCCAUCAGUGGAAUUCUGGGAAUCACCUCCAGCGCUGACGCCAAUAAGCGCAAAAGGGAUGAAGGUAUGCAAGAAUCCCCACUUUCCAAUGGCCACCCUCACCCAGGCAGGGAUUUCCUGCGGAAACAGAUGAGAGGAGACCUCUUCACACAGCAGCAGUUAGAGGUACUGGACCGAGUGUUUGAAAGACAGCACUAUUCUGACAUCUUUACAACCACUGAGACCAUCAAACCAGAGCAGGGCUCAGAAUACUCAGCCAUGGCAUCUUUAGCGGGAGGACUGGAUGAGAUGAAAAACAGUCUAGGUAACCCAGCCCCAGCAGACCUUGGAGGCAGUGUCCCGGGCCCGGCGUCCUACCCCCUUGUAACAGGUCGUGAUUUAGCAAGCACAACCCUCCCAGGAUACCCUCCCCACGUCCCCCCUGCUGGACAGGGAAGCUAUUCCACUCCAGCGCUGACAGGAAUGGUGUCUGGGAGUGAUUUUUCCGGAAGCCCAUAUUCACAUCCCCAGUAUUCUGCAUACAAUGAAUCCUGGAGAUUUCCGAAUCCAGGCUUGCUGGUGUUCCAGCAAGACUAUGGUGCGCGACUUGGUACAGAAAUUGGAUGCACAUCACGAUUUUUUCCUGGCCAGUCGGGCCAGAUACAAGGUUCCCCCUAUUACUACAGUGCUGCAGCCAGAGGGGCCGGCCCUGCAGCUACAGCUACUGCUUACGACCGGCACUAACCCCGAAGCACAAAGGACAACACCAGCACUGCCCAUAUCUGUCUGCAGUCGAUAGGGUGGGAGACAGAGGGAGGUGGGGUGUUUUUUUUUUGGGGGGGGGGGUUAGUACAUGUAUGGGGAUAUAAAUAUUUAAAUUGUCUGCCUGGCCUUGCCACACAAACUUUACUAUAAUAAUGUCUAAUGUCCCUGUCGAAGAAAAAAAAUACUGCAGCUUAUCUUUUUGGGCAAUUAAACACUUCAAACAAAAGGAUAGGCAUGGUUUUAAGAAUAUUCGAGGAACCCAGUAGAAACUCUUCUGGUAUAAACAGAGUCUAACAAAACAAAAAUGAAACAUCCCUGUGUGUAUUUAGGAGCACACCAGACAGGAGAGUGUGGGUCCAAUCUUAUUUCUUCUGUAUUUUAUGUUCCAGACAUAACUUCAUUCUUGUCCUCAAAGUGAGGUAGCUGUAAGUUACUGGGGAUGGGAAAAAAACAGAAGCACCCGCUAUCAGAUGACUGUAGAAAAGAUGCACUGCAAAUUUUCACACCCAACUUCUCUGAAAUAGUUUUGUGGGAAUAAUCAUUGAGGAAUGGUCACAUGCCCCAUCAGAUCAAGUUAACCAUCUUGCAUACAUGUCGCAUCAAAUCAGUGCAAUCCUGGCAGGAUUCAUCCUAUUGAUAUGAUACAUCUGGAGUUUCUAUUUUUUUGUCAAACUGCUGUAGGCCAUUUUAACUCAUUUCCUUCAAUUGUUCUUGAUGUAAUGUAACCUUAGUUGUGUAAUUUGUGCACUCUAAAUUUUAUUUACACAAGAAUGAUAGAGAUAGGGACCAGACUGUAUAAUUUAUAUAAUCCCUCUAAUCCCUUAUUUUUAUAUUUAAAAUAUAAUAAUUUAAUAGUAGGAUUUGUAUGUACCUGUAAUGGAUUUGUUCUCGUAGAGAAAAGAGUCAUACAAAACAGGUCUUUACAAAGUGAAGUACAUAUAUAAAUCUAAAUAACACAAGCCAUCUGAUUGUUAAAAGUGAUUGUCAACCGUCUUGGCCAGAAUUCUUUGCACACAGAAUUUUGGAGAUCCCAAAGGUACAGAUUUGUUACCGUCCCUACAGGUACAAUUAAUUUUGAGUUGACUGGGAUUAAACUGAAACCUAAUGAAAACUGUUAAUUACAGAAUAAGAAUUGUUGCUUUCGCUUUAUAGUAACAGCAAACAACGAGUUAAUGACCAAACAGCUUCUGAAGUUAAUGACAAUAAAGCGUACACUGAGACAGCAAUUGUAUUUAAACCACUUAUAGUUCUGUAUGUUAUUAUUUAUAUUAGAUGAAAACUAAAUACAAUUUUCAAUCCAUUAGACUAAGAAAUUAAUUAAAUUGUAUUCAUAUUUUAUAUUUGAGGAGGCAGUUAAUUGUAGCAGCUAUACAUUUGCUGGAUCUGUUGUUGCUUUAUUUAACCAGCAUAUUCCUGGUUUAUGUCUGAGUAAUACGUCUCAGGCUGUUCCCAUUUCAACCUGAGGGCAGCCAAAAACAGGCUCUUAUUAAAUAUAUAUUAAGGGGGAUAGAGAGUGCUUUAUCUUCUGUAAGAAGUCUUACAGAAGACCUUAAAUUCAGGUAUUUCAUUAUUUGGUAUUUAAGUUUUUUAGAAAUCACAUUUGAAAAAUCAACCAACAAUUUGUCAUAAUUUAAGCAUUUGUCAUAAUUUGCUGGUGAGGCUGUUACCUAAACAACAAGAAUGUAAUAGCCCUUAUAAAAUUUUACCAUAGUAAAAGCAAAGCAAAGUGUAAUAUAGCACAGUGAUACCACUGUAAAGCACUGAGAAGCAUUGUAAAAGCCAGAGAGGUAGUAAGGCGUAAUAAGCGUGGCAAGCAAAAAACUAUAAAUGCAUGGUAUAACCAUGGGACUACAAAAUUCCAAUGCAAAAUGACCCUGGUAAACUAUAAGGACAGUAACUCAAAUAUUUCACAUCCCUACCAAGUGGCUCUUUAAAAGGGUUAUAGUUUUUUUUGUCAAAUUUUUUUCUUCCAUUAGAUCACACACGUGGCAUUUUGAAAGAAACAGAUGUUUAGUAUUUCUUUUUAAAAAUGAAAUCUGGUAGAAGAAAUCUCUGUUUGCUUUGCCUUACUUUUAUGGCAUACUGCGUCAUCAUUUCACCUGGAGAGUGAAAUUAUAUGCAUCCUUUCAUGCCUUCUUACCUGUCAUUAACAAACUAGCUGCUUCCACUAAUGACUGACAUGCUUUGACCCUGAAGAAAUAGCUGAAGUGUGAAACACUAACAGACUACCUGAAAGUUCGGCAUGUAAACGAGAGCUUUCUUCAACCUAAUACAGAACUAGAUGUUUUGAUAGAUAUAUGAAAAUACAUGUUUUUUAUGGGUUUCUUUGAAAACUGCACACAUGGGACCUACAUAGCAAAUAGAAUAUGUAUGACAUAACUCCAUUAGCUAGAACCUCUUUAAAAGCAUGUGGAAAUCUAACCUUUAUACCUCUCUCUAUUCUGAAAGCUUAGAAUUCAGACAGGUGUAUAUGUGUCAGACAGGUGUAUAUGUGUAAUAUUUAAUUCUUUGUCAUUUUUAAGCUUCAUCUAUAAAAGGAAACUUUGUGUUUCCCCAUUGUUACUAGUUCUGCUUCACAUGAGUUAGGGUUAGCCAAGAAAGUUUCAAAAUCAAACAUUACAAUGUAACAGUUUGUAGUAUUUAGUUUUACAGGUGGUGUUUUUUGGUAGGCCUGCUGGAAUAAUUUAAUGGACAUAAGUACAAAAUAUGUGCAUACAAAAUAACUGCACAAAAUAAAUAAAACUACUGCCUUAGCUUUCAUAAUCCUUAUGUCAAUACAAAUCAUUUUACGAUCCUAACCUUCAUAUUUACUUACAUACAAACACACAUAUACAGAUGAUAUACUGCACAUACGUAUAUAUCUGUAUGCCAUUCACACGUUUAUGGUUUCCUAAAUUGUAUUUCUAUUAAAGCUAAAUAUUGUUAUUUGAGAAUAUAUGUAUUAAGGUAAAUAAACAAGAACAAAAUUACUUACGCAUAUAGUAAAAUGGUUGUCAAGAGAUAUAUAUAGAAAUGUUGGUGACUGGCUUGUUUUUGAUGUAAUUUUGAAUCAAAAUUAGUCCUUGCUUUUCAGAAUGAUUUUACCUGUGUAUUUACCUGGGCACCAGUAUAAAAAAUGAAGGUACGGCCAGAUAAAUAAGAUUUCCGUGAGGGCUGAUGGACAUUUAUAGGCACAAAGCAGCUUUUUACAGUCAAACAUGUACUGUAUCUGUAAAAUAAUAAUGAUUAAAAAAAAAACUUAAAGCACUUAAAUUCAUCCCAUCAAAAGAAAAUGAAGUAUUUGCAACCAGGACAAAAAUGUUUAUAAACCUAUUCUGGAAAUCAACCGGAAAUAUUAUAACUUUGUAAGACCGGUUGUAACUUCUGUACCAGCUUCUGUUCUUUUUUAAAGGUUGUUAAGACAAUUACAUGAGCAACCUACAAAUAAUCAUGCAGACAUCAGGUUGUCGAGUAAAAUUAAUUUAUUACAAGAACCAAAAUCGGUUCCUUAUUUCAAAACUCAGCUUAAGUGUCUGAAAAUACUUCACUGGCAUAUGUGGGAGCUGCAGGGAAUUACAAUCAUGCAGCCAAUUUUACAAAGCACAUUCAUUCAUAGUUUGCAUAUGUGAGUGUUUGUAUUAGCUGUGCUAUGAUAGUGUUUCAUUAUACAGGUUAGGCAGAUGACUUCAAGCACAUCGUUAUGUGGCGCAAACUCUUGUGACAUUCUCUGUAUUAGACUUGGUUGCUACUGCAAGGAUGUUAUCUUAUUCAUGUCAUUCAAGAAACUUGUUUUACUCUAACUGGAAAAAAUAAAUGAAUGAAGCGUA